AUGGAGAUCUUCACUUACAAGAACGCUAAGGAUUUCCAGAAGAAGUUCCGCGUCAAGAACAUCACUACGAGGACCGACUACUUGCAGCAGGUGAAGCGGGCAGUGCUGGAGGUCCGCAAGGUGGUCACGAAGCCCAAGAGCGCAUUGCAGAAGAAGCCUUCCAUGAAAAGACCUGCUUCAUGCACCAGCACCAUGAAGAAGCCUUCCUCUUUAUUCAAGCGGCCCGCCUCCGGCCAGAAGUUCUCGCCCAAGAAGCAAAAGAAGACGCCCCAGGCCAUGUCCUUGUACAGCAAGUACAAGUACGCUACACUGAGCGCGGUGAAUGCCCUCAAGGAGGAGAAUGGUUGGUCUGACGCAGAGCUCUGGCACGAAGUUGUGAACCGCGCCGCCGGUGAAAUCACCAAUGUGAACGGCUUCACGACCAACCACAUUGAAAACCGCUGGAGUCUCCUCAAGCAUUGGGCGCGGAAAAAAUCAGGUGGCCGACUCCCGUCUCACAGCGACCGAUCGAAGUGGCGCCAACUCCUGGCUGAGUUUCGAUGGCGGAAGUUCCAUGCAGACUCCACCAAUCGCAAUGUGUACAUAGUGCCUGUACACAAAACAGUCGCUGCCAUGCGACGUCUGUUCCCGUCAUAG